UGGUUUGUUAAAUAAUGUGGAGCUGAUAAGAGGUCUUGUUUAAGCUCUGCUCUCAACGAAAACUUUCUUUCUUUCCCACCUCUACUUGUUGAGUCAGUCCGUUGCUCUGAUCUGCUCUGGGAGAAAUAGGUAACAUGAUAAGAUGAGGACCACUACGGAACUAAAAGCUUUCAUGAAACAGAGAAGAAUGGGGCUGAAUGACUUCAUUCAGAGGCUGGCCACGAGUAACUCAUUCACCUGCAAACAUCCUGAGGUUCAGUCCAUCGUCAACUUGGCUCCCCAACAACAGGAGGCUGAGCUAAUGAAUGCAAACCCCUCUCCUCCUCCCAGUCCCUCCCAGCAGAUGAACCUGGGCCCGUCCUCCAACCCCACAGCCAAGCCCAGUGACUUCCACUUCCUGAAGGUGAUAGGGAAGGGUAGCUUCGGGAAGGUCCUCCUAGCCAGGCACCGAACAGACGACCAGUUCUACGCUGUUAAGGUGCUGCAGAAGAAGGCCAUCCUGAAGAAGAAAGAGGAGAAGCACAUCAUGUCAGAGAGGAAUGUCCUGUUGAAGAACAUUAAACACCCCUUCCUAGUGGGACUACACUACUCCUUCCAGACCGCUGAUAAACUCUACUUUGUGCUGGACUACAUUAACGGAGGAGAGUUGUUCUACCAUCUCCAGAGGGAGAGGCGUUUCUUAGAGCCCCGGGCCAGGUUCUACACAGCGGAGAUCGCCAGUGCCCUGGGCUACCUGCACUCUCUAAACAUCGUGUACAGAGACCUGAAGCCUGAGAAUAUUCUACUGGACUCUCAAGGACACAUCAUACUCACGGACUUCGGCCUCUGCAAAGAGAACAUAGAACAGAACGGAACCACGUCGACGUUCUGUGGAACACCAGAGUACCUAGCUCCAGAGGUGUUACACAAGCAGCCAUAUGACAGGACGGUUGACUGGUGGUGUUUAGGAGCUGUGCUUUAUGAGAUGCUAUAUGGCCUGCCUCCAUUCUACAGUCGUAACACAGCAGAGAUGUACGACAACAUCCUGAACAAGCCCCUGCAGCUCAAACCCAACAUCUCUAACGCUGCCAAGCACAUACUGGAGGGACUGCUGCAGAAAGAUCGUACACAACGACUGGGACACAGCCACGACUUCGAGGAGAUCAAGAACCACAUGUUCUUCUCCAUCAACUGGGAUGACCUGACCACUAAGAAGCUCACCCCCCCUUUCAAUCCAAACGUGACGGGCCCUAAUGACCUUCGCCACUUUGACACGGAGUUCACAGACGAACCCGUCCCCUCAUCCAUUGGCUGUUCCCCUGACUCCUCCCUCAUCACUGCUAGCAUCAAGGAGGCAGCCGAGGCCUUCCUAGGGUUCAGCUACGCUCCUUCCAUGGACUCAUACCUGUAGGCCAGAACCCUGAGGGAAUCCUAUAGACUCAUGAUAGGCCAGAACCAUAGACUCCUAUAGACUCAUGAUAGACCAGAACCCCAGAGGGCAUCCUAUAGACUCAUGAUAGACCAGAACCAUAGACUCCUAUAGACUCAUGAUAGACCAGAACCAUAUACUCCUAUAGACUCCCAUUGACUCCCAUAGACUGCUAUAGACUCCUGG